CACCGAGCAGCCCGGCUCUGCCUGGACCUGCACAAGGGAAACCUCCCUCGGCAGCACUGACAACGCUGCCAGCAUCACUGCAGUGGCCCUGGGGAUGGGGACCCCUCUUAAACCCCCCCCCGUGCAGCGCUGGAGGCCUCCAAACCCAGCCAAAACUGCCUUAAAAUAGCCCCAAACAGCGUGUACCCCCCUUCCUUCACCAUCACCCCGCCUCUCCCCGAAACCACAGGCAAGCCACAGCACGAAUCCCUUCAUUAGGAACCUCGUUAGGAGCCAGCCCUAUGGGAUGCCACCCAUGGAUCAAGCAGGACAGCAGCCGGCAUGGCCCAAAGGUGGUCCAGCACCCCAAAGCUGCUCUCCAUGGGGGUCCAGCUGACCCAUUCCCAGCGAUCCCAUAGCUUGGCCUCUCCCACACGCUCCACUCCUGCCUCCUCCUCCUCAUCCGGGGAGCGGCUGCUCGGAGGGAGGAGGCUCCAGGCGUGCCGGGACAGCACCGGGAGCAGGGAACGCCAUGGCGGAGCGGCUGUCGGAGGAGCAGAUCGCCGAGUUCAAGGAAGCUUUCUCCCUCUUUGACCGGGAUGGGGACGGCUGCAUCACCACCAAGGAGCUGGGCACCGUCAUGCGGUCCCUGGGGCAGAACCCCACGGAGGCCGAGCUGCAGGACAUGGUGGGAGAGGUGGACGCCGACGGCAGCGGCACCAUCGACUUCCCCGAGUUCCUGUCGCUGAUGGCGAGGAAGAUGCGGGACACGGACAGCGAGGAGGAGAUCCGGGAGGCUUUCCGGGUCUUCGAUAAGGAUGGCAACGGGUACAUCAGCGCGGCGGAGCUGCGGCACGUCAUGACCAACCUGGGCGAGAAGCUGACGGACGAGGAGGUGGAUGAGAUGAUCAAGGAGGCCGACUGCAACAACGACGGGCAGGUCAACUACGAGGAGUUCGUGAGGAUGAUGACGGAGAAGUGAGAUCCCAUUGCCAGCAACAACCUCCAGCCCCAUCGCACAGGGAACAGAGGCUUUGGUGGUCUCCCGACCUUUCCAUCCCCUACUGCCUUCACUCCACCAUCCAGGGCUGGAAACCCUCUUUCAUCACCAGCCUGUGC